AUGGAAGUGGAACAGGAAAAUUGUUCUGCUGUAACAGAGUUCAUUCUUGUUGGGCUGUCAGAUGCCCCAGAGUUGAGAGUUUUCCUGUCCUUUUUAUUCCUUCUCAUAUAUGCAUUCUCCUUUUUUGGCAACCUGGGUCUGAUUACACUGAUACGAGUUAGCUCACAGCUUCACACCCCCAUGUACUUUUUCCUUAGCCAUUUGUCCUUCGUAGAUUUUUGCUACUCUACUGUCAUUGUGCCAAAGAUGCUAGCUAAUUUCUUAAACAAGGAGAAAGCCAUCUCCUUCCUGGGAUGCAUGGUGCAAUUCUACUUGUUUUGUACACUUGUAGUAACAGAGGUCUUCUUAUUGGCUGUGAUGGCCUAUGACCGCUUCCUGGCCAUCUGCAGUCCAUUGAUGUACACAGUCAACAUGUCAGAGAAUCUUCAGAUGUUGCUAGCUUCUUGCUGUUAUCUCUGUGGGACAGUGUCUUCUCUGAUUCACUUGUGUUUAGCUCUUAAAAUUCCAACCUAUAGAUCAAAUGUGAUUAAUCACUUCUUCUGUGAUUUACCUCCUAUGUUUUCUCUUGCUUGUUAUGACACCAGUUUGAAUGUUCUUGUAGUGUACAUUGUGGCCACAUUCAAUGAGAUUGUCACCAUUGUGAUCAUAUUCACCUCCUACUUGUUUAUUCUUGUCACCAUCCUGAGGAUGCACUCUGCUGAGGGAAGACGCAAAGCCUUUUCCACCUGUGCCUCACACCUCACAGCUAUUGUUGUGUUUCAAGGAACGAUCCUUUUCAUCUACUGCAGACCCAGUACUGGCAAUUCUGCAGACACUGACAAAGUGGCCACUGUGUUUUACACAGUAGUGAUCCCCAUGCUGAACCCUCUUAUCUAUAGUCUGAGGAAUAAGGAUGUGAAAGCAGCUGUCAAGAACGUGUUGGGAUCUAAAUUAUUGAAAAUUUACUUUCUACCUUAG